GAUAUUCAAGAAUGACUGCUGAACUAUUGCCAACAGUUAUAACAUCCAUACAAAAAAGGAUUAAAGUCGGUUUCCCUUUCAGAAAUGACCAGACAGGUCUACUGUUGUUUGACAGCAACUUUCACUAUCUCACCAUCCUCAACGCAAGUUAAAGAAGUGCUUCUUAAAGAGAUGAAUGAAGGUUUUAUUGAGGCUGAAAAGAAGCCAGGUGUUCUUCUUACUUUGUUUCAUUACUUGGAAAAAGUAAACAAUCACACAGUAUGCUUAGAGGCUCUCCAGGUGAGAGCUGCAUCAGUAACAUGUUUUGCAGGCAUAACUUCCUCUGUAUUCUUCUCUCUUGCGAAGGAGAAACAGGAUUUCAUUCUUUCUGCUGCGAUUAAUGCAGCCAAACAAGACGAGGUACCUUCAGUUAGAUCAGCUUCUUGUCGAGCCAUUGGUGUCAUUUCAUGUUUUCCUGAAGUUUUCCAAAGGUGA